AUUGUAUAUUUUGCAUUUUAGGAAAUUAGAUGGAGAAGAGAAAAGUGAAAGUUCAUUCGAAGUUUAAUACAGGAUAUAUGAGGUUUGAGUCGAGUUAUAAAACUAUGGCUAAUUGUUCGAUCGGGCAGAGAUAUGAAAGCCCAGAGAAAGGAAUUGCUAAGAUUAAUCAAUAUGAGUAUAAACAUAAUCCAGAUGUGCUGAGAUUUGCUAAAAUUGGUGCAAGUUUGGUUAGUACUCAAAAUUCUAAGUCUCAUGCUCCAAGUCCAGGUAGAAUGAUCAAUAAUUCUUCACAUUUUAAGUCAAGCUAUCAAGAAAUUUCAGAGUCACUUAACAAGAAGUUAGACGAAAUCAGGAGCAAUCCUAAUUCUCCAAAAGCAAAAUCUCCUAAGGAAAAUAAGCCAAUAUGGGCUCAACACAAGCCUCCUCAUAGGGCCAUGAGAGGGAAUUACGAUACUGAGUAUGACAAGUCUCUUGGAGAUUUAAAAGCGAAUAUGAAGAAAGGGCGCAAAUUAAGCCCCUUCAGGUACCAACUAAGACAUAGUGAGAUACAGACCUCCAAGAGACAAGUGAAUCCUUCCUUCUCCAUGCUGUAGAAUCCCUUGGGAAAUAAAAUUUAUACUUGGGAUUCAAUUUG